AUGGCCCGGAUUAAAGAGUGUACUGGGGCACACCUGACACAUUAUUGUACAGUUAGAAAGUAUGUACUAUAUUGGGUAAUUCUUUACUUUUCAAUUUCCAGAGUUUUCAAAAAGACAAGCCCCAAUGCCAAGCUCUCACUUUAUCUGGGAAAGCGAGACUUUGUAGAUCAUGUCGACACUGUGGACCCAGUUGAUGGCAUGUUGCUGCUUGAUCCAGAUUAUUUAAAGGACAGAAGAGCUUAUGUGAUGUUGACAUGUGCGUUCCGAUAUGGACGGGAAGAUUUGGAUGUCAUGGGCCUUAGUUUCCGAAAAGAUAUUUACUGUGAGACAAUCCAGGUCUAUCCACCAGUUACAGACAACAAAAAGCCACUGACUCCCCUACAGGAGCAGCUGGCUGACAAGCUGAAAGAAAACUGCUAUCCUUUCCUCUUUCAGAUCCCUCCAAAUCUGCCAUGUUCAAUCACCCUGCAGCCAGGACCAGAAGAUCACGGGAAGGCCUGUGGUGUGGACUUUGAGGUGAAAGGAUUCUGCGCAGAUAAUCUGGAGGAAAAGAUUCAUAAAAGGAAUUCAGUGAAGCUGAUCAUCCGCAAGAUCCAGUACGCCCCAGAGAAAAGCACAGUGCAGCCCAAAGCAGAAAUAACUCGGCAAUUCCUCAUGUCAGACAAGCCGUUACAACUGGAGGCCUCGCUUGGCAAAGAGAUGUAUUAUCAUGGUGAACCUAUCCAAGUCACUGUCCACAUUAACAAUAACACAAGUAAGGUGGUUAAGAAGAUUAAGUUGUCUGUUGAUCAGAUCACAGAUGUAGUCCUCUAUCAACUUGACAAAUAUGCGAAGAUGGUAUGUUCAGAAGAACCAAACGACACUGUGGCUCCCAAUUCUACCUUCACCAAAGUUUACAGCCUGACCCCUACUCUGGCGAAUAACCGACAAAAACGUGGCCUGGCCUUGGAUGGCAAACUCAAACAUCAGGACACCAACCUGGCCUCGAGCACUAUACUCAGGCCACAACUGGACAAAGAGGUCCUUGGAAUUCUUGUGUCUUAUCUGCUCAGGGUGAAGGUGAUAGUUUCACGGGGAGGGAUCUUGGGAGACCUCACUUCAAGUGAGGUGUCUGUCGAAAUUCCCUUUUACCUGAUGCACCCGAAACCUUCAGAGGUGCUGAAGACAUUGUGAUUGAAGAAUUCAAUCGUCCAAAGCUUGAUGAAGAGCAAGAUGAUGAAGAUGAAGAACACGCAGCCAUGGAAAGAGAAAAUUAAAUGCAGGAAAUCAGAUGGACAGUAGACAGGAGGUCUUAAGUUCAUGCAUGGUUUUGAGCUGCUCAAUCAGAUUAUCCAAAAAUAACCAGAAACUUUCCUUCCUAUCCAAGAACUACUCUUUCAGGGUAGUCAUCCAUCCAGUUUUAAGUUGCACCAUCUGGUGUUUGGCAAUGCUAUUGGAAUGCUUCUGAAGGAUAUGAUAGACACCCUUCAUCACCAAGAACACAGAUUGGAGAUUUAAGCCCAUUGUCCAUAUGGUGGCAUACUGGUAUUGUUAUUGAGCUUGGGACCUAUCAAGUGGGCUAUCA